UCGAAAAUCAGUCCGCAGCUUAAAUUAAUUAAGGACGGUCGCGUUUUAAUCGGUUAUCACGCAAAAAAAUAUUCUCGUCAAUUCGUGAAAAAAUUACUCGUAAAAUUCUCAGACCUGAUCUAGUAACGGAAAAAAUUCUAAAAAAUUUUAUUUUCUGAUGAAAUCUCAUCAAAUCACAAAAAAUCAUCCAAAAAUUCUCUGAAAAAAAAAGUUAUGUACGAAAAAACGAUGCAUGAUACGGUAAUAAAUAGCAACAAUAACCAAAUAAAUCCCACAAAUAACGGCUCCGAAGAUGGAGGAAACGGAAAUAACGACGACGAAGGAUCCUCCUCGUCGCCAAUGGACACCACCGAGCUAAAAGACAUCAAUCCCGAGCGUUUUUACGUGAAAGAAUCGCUGCGCGAUCGAAUUUACUACGCAGCAAAAGAUGGAUUUUCGCUUACGCUUCUGAUAAUCUUGAAAGAUUUGGAUCCCUUUGUCGUGUACAAGCUACUGAAUCAGAAAUAUGUUGAAGAAGACGGACAAACGUUCACGCCGUUAGUCAUAGCCGCUAAAAAUGGUCGUUACAAAGUCAUUCGGAUGCUGUUGAAGAAUUAUCCCGACAAGAUCAACAUUGAAGCAGAAUGCGCUGUAAACUUCGACGGUCACAUCGUUCAUGGUGUCUCAGCCCUUUGGGCUGCCUCAGGUGCUGGUCACCUCGCCAUUGUCAAACUUCUCGUGCAGCACGGCGCAAAUGUCAAUCACCAAACCCAAACCGACUCAACUCCCCUUCGUGCUGCUUGCUUCGAAGGUCGCUUAGAUGUCGUCGAAUACCUCGUUUCGCACGGUGCCAAUCUCAAUAUCGCCAAUGCCUUUAACAACACGUGUCUCAUGAUCGCCAGUUUCAAAGGUCACACGAGCGUCGUCGAAUUUUUGCUGAAAAAUGGCGCUUCCGUGAACGAACGAGCAAUGUGCCAGGCCACAGCUCUGCACUACGCCUCGGAAAUGGGUCAUUACGACAUUUGUCGUAUCUUGUUGGAAUACGGGGCAACGUUGGAAGUCAACGAAUACGGGAUGACGCCCGUUAUAAUGGCAGCGGAAAAGACACGUGAAUCAGUUGUGGAGUUAUUUUGCAGUUGGAGCGAGUUGUUGACGAAAGAGGAACGAAUUGACGCGUUGGAGCUGUUGGGCGCCUCCUUCGCCAAUGACAAGGAUAAUUACAGUGUCACGAAGGCGUUUCGGUAUUUGAUGGCUGGCAUGCAGCUGAGAUUCGAGGAUGAGGAUUAUAUUGUGAGGAAACCAUUUUUGCCGCCAAUUCCGGCGUAUGACAACUGGAUCGAGGCCCAGACUGUGCAAGACUUGCAAGCGAUCGAGUUUAAUCAUAAUUUGUUGCACAUGGAAUCAUUGACGGUCCGAGAGAGGAUUUUGGGAAAGAAUUGUCCGGAAGUUGCGCAUCCAAUUAUCUUUAGAGGAGCAGUUUAUGCGGAUAACGGACGGUUUGAUCGAUGUGAAGCAUUGUGGAUGCACGCCUUACGUUUACGACAAAAUAUACAAAUCUCAGUGCAACGAGAUCUUCUCAGGUUUGCGCAGGUUUUCUCACAAAUGAUACAAUUAGGUGAAACUUUACGCUUUGACACGAUCGUCAGUGUGCUCGAAUGUUGUAUUUUGGAGAUUGAAUCCAACAAAGCUCGACUUGACAAGCCCAGCAGAAAGGACGAUAUAGUUUUUAUUUUUGAAGAGAAUGAAUUAAACACCACGACAGCCUUGUACUUGCUCACAAUAAUUACGAAAUGCCUUAAAUCCCAAACUGUGAUGAUAAAUUCCGCCGACUUAACGCGUCUGUAUAAGUUAAUGAUAAAAAUAACCAAAAUGAACAUCAAACUGAGAGACGGACAGACUCUUUUGCAUUUAGCGGUAAACGGUGUCACGCCAGUCGAUGACUUUCACACGAACGAAGUGUGCAGGUUUCCUUGCGUCGAAACAGUUAAAAUGUUGUUGAAAUGCGGUGCAAAAGUUGAUGUUUUUGACCUGUCACGCAAUACUCCAUUACAUACGCUUGUCUCAACCCUCCAAACCGUUCGCUACCCCGAAGCCGAACUCCUGGUGAAUGUCGAGGAAAUUGUCAAACUUUUCUACGAGCACGGCAUGCACUUUGACGCCGUCAAUGCAGAUGGCCUCGUUGCCGGGCGGAUUUGUGGCUUAAGUACGACACCCGAUAACUUAUAUUUACCCAUUGUGGCACACGAAAAUAAUUUUUUGCUUUGGCGUUUAACAUUUUUAGGUAGUGUCGAGGGCUUAAUACGGGGCUUCGAAAUAAAAGAAACGACGUUGAAGUGCUUGGCAUCGCGCUGCAUUGCCCAGCACAAAAUUAACUAUCUGGGCUCGAUACCGCGGGACUUGGAAUCUUUCGUCCAGUUACACAGUGCUUCCAAAUUGUGAAUCUCUAUUUUAUUUUAUUAUUUUUUUUUAAAUUAACACGUCUUGAUUACGUCCUGUCGUCGUCGUCGAAUCAUCAAUAAAAAUUGUAUUUUUUUUGUGAUAUUGAAUGUAAAAUAUAUUUGAAAGAAUUAUAUUAAC